GCCGCAGCUGGUAGUAUUUUAUUCUUCUACAAGGGAGAAGAACAAUACGAACUCGAAGAGGAAGUGGAAGAAGAGGUUGAGGUGACGAGAGAAGCCACCCCAACAGAUCCUCCAAGUGAUGGCUUGUCGUCAGCUGAACCGACGGAUGAGCAAUUGUUUCUUGAUGCAGAGGCUCCAACACCGCAAACAGAGACGGUCAAGAGACUGGUGAAGCGAUCACGAUCAGCUACACGCUCAGUUUGUCACGCAUUCUUGAAUACCCUACCAGCAGAGUCCUCGGAAUCCGCUUCAGUAUUCUUAAUCAAGGUGGCUGCUGGACCAAUUACAGUCCAAAACGUUGUGACCGAUGGACACGAGAAAGUGGUGCACUCGAACGUGGAGCUUGGUUGCUCGACAGGGGACUUGCUGUCUAAUCUAGAAGGAGUCAUCUGCAACGUGUUCAUGCCGUUACUAGAUCCUCAACUUACUAGACCGGAUAAUUCUAACGGACGACCAGAAGGCGACGAGAAUGGAGCAAAGAACUCAACUGCAGCGCAUCAGGCGCUCAAGGUCAUCGACGCUGUACGCAACGAGUUCAAGAGCAACUUGGUCAAAUUCUCGUCUCAGAUCUCCAACGCCAUUCAACAGAUUCAGGGCGACAUUCACUUGAACAUCCCUGAUGUGGUUAUCACGAAGCCUGAAUCUCAUUUGGACGACUACGAGCUCAUUAACAGACUGGAACAGGCACUAGAGGAAUGGUCCAAGAGUGUAGUCAGUGUAGUAGAACAGGAAAUUCGCAAGACCCCAAAACGCAAGGGACCACUCGCCGAGAUCGAGUUCUGGAGGGAGCGUAACGCUACAUUGAGCACCAUCUUCGAGCAGAUCAACAUGCCCACAGUCCAGAAGAUGCUCAAGCUGCUGGAACUUGUUGAAGCGAGUAUGCUUCUUACUUUCAAGUAUCACUUCUCGGAGCUCAGUAAACUCUAUGUGGAAGCGAAGGACAACGUCAAGUUCCUCACGACUUUGGAGCGCCACUUCAAAAACAUCGCGAGUGGUUCCUUCUCAGCGAUAGCAGACACACUGCCGUCCAUGAUGAACGCUAUCCGUAUGGUCUGGAUUAUAUCGCGGCACUACAAUACGGAUGAACGUAUGGUGCCGUUGAUGGAGCGUAUCGCUUCGGAGAUCGUGGAUAAAGUGGCGGUGGAGAUCAAUAUCCACACCAUCUUACGUAAGAGUCCGGAUAACGCAUUGCACGCGAUUGAAGAGGCCAAAAUGGUGCUUGAACUAUGGCACUCGACAUACAUGAAAGUUCGUGAACGCAUUGAAGCUAGUGGCACAGACCAUCGCUGGGAGUUCGACCGUAAGCGGCUAUUUGAACAAACCAACUACAUGGCCAAAAUCUGCGAGAAUCUGCAAGAAGUGGCUACAGUUUUGGACCAAUUCAACAAGUUUUUAGGUCCAGAACUCAAGUCUGUGACGGGAGAUUCACAGGGAAUUGACGAAGUUAUGGCACGUGUUGAAAGUCUCAUUGCACCGUUCGAGAGCGUCCCGUUUAAGAUCUUCGAUCGCGGCUACAAGACCAGCUGGGAGUCGGUCAUGGUGCAGUUUAGAGACAAAGUGAGCGAGAUCGAGCAAAUGACACGGAAAUUCAUCGACACGUCCUUCCAGAAGCUUCGGUCAGCGGAAGGAGCGUUUGAUCUGCUGCAGAACUUUCAGAACAUCCAGUCACGCGACUCCAUUAACAAACAGAUGAUGGAGAAGUACAAGGAUAUCCUCAUGCAAUACACGAAAGAGCUGGAGAAGCUAGAGGAGCAAUUUCAUCGCUACAAACACCGUCCACCGGUCUACAAGAACCACCCUCCCGUUGCAGGGGCUAUUAGCUGGUCCCGUGCGCUUUACCUGCGUGCCAAGAAGCCUAUUCUACGUUUCCGUGCAAUGAAUGAUCUACUCAAAAGUCCUCAUGGCGAAGAAGUGAAAGAGAAGUAUCUGGUUUUCGCUCGUGCAGUGGACGCCUACAUCAAACAGCAUCACAAAGACUGGAAAGACAAAGUACCUGCCCUCACGAACGAGUGUCUGAAGCAGUCGAUACUUGGCCCAAAGCUGGUAGAAGCAGGCAAAGCGGAGACCGGUGUCAUGAUGUACAAGUUACCUCAACCUCCGUUCUAUGCGAACUUUUCGCCGGAGCUAGCGAUGAUCAUCAAGGAGUCCAAAUACCUUGAUCGUCUUGGCUUUGAGAUCCCAGAAGAGGCCCUGAAUGUGACGCUGCAAGAAGACAAAUAUCACCAGUAUGUACAAGACCUAACGCUUAUGCUUCGUCGCUAUGACUCGCUUCUGACCGGACUGACACCAGUGGAGACUCAUCUCUUGCGCUCACAACUCAAAGCUCUGGAAGAUGUCUUACGAGUGGGUUUCUCGCCACUCAACUGGAACUCCCAGCGUGUAUUGAGUUUCAUUGAGAACUGCAACAAGUCACUCAAUCAGUUCGCAAACCUCGUGAGUCAGAUCCACAAAAGCAGCAAAAUGGUGGAAGAAAUCGUGAUGGACAUUGAGAGCACGCUGCUCAUCAAGAUCGAGGAUUUCGGGGAAGGCGUCGUGACGGAGGUAGGCGAAUUCUACGAGCUAGUUGAACGCAACCGUAUGCAGCGUAUUGAGGAGCUCGUGCAAAGCUACCGUUCUAUCGGUCCUCUACUGAUUAAGAGUCUUAAAAACGAAGCUGUGAAGCCUCGACACUGGGAGGAACUUAUGGCAGUCACACAGGUGCGUUUCGAUAUGAACUUGAAGACUUUUACCCUUGGAAACCUCUUUGCCAUGAAGUUGCAUCGCUUCUCGAAUGAAAUCGGUGAGAUCGUGAAUGCAGCGAUGCAAGAGCAAAAGAUCGAGCAGGAGAUUAUCAAGAUCGAAGACUCGUGGUCUAAAGCAGUAUUAGAGCUCGUCAAGUACAAAAAGAACGGCACUGAUCGCGGCUGGGUGCUCCGAGCCGCUGACGAGCUCAAAAUCACGCUAGAAGACCACAUGCUCAACCUCCAGACAAUGUCUGGUUCACGCUUCAUCGCGAGCUUUGCCGAGCGUGUUCGCAAGUGGGAAAAGCGUCUCGGAGUCGUGAAUGAGUGUUUGGAUAUCUGGUUCGUUGUACAGCGCAAGUGGAUGUAUCUCGAGAGCAUCUUCGUUGGCGCAGAGGAUAUUCGACAGCAGUUACCAGAAGAAGCGAAGAAAUUCGAUGCUAUUGAUAAAGCGUGGAAGACCAUCAUGGGCGCUACAUACAAGAACGCCAACGCAGUGGAAGCCUGCACUGCUGAGAACCGGGUGGAGACACUACAUUCUCUUUCUGAACGACUAGACAAGUGUCAAAAGUCUCUGAGUGAUUAUCUCGACACGAAGCGCAAUUCUUUUCCACGGUUCUUCUUCAUCUCAGAUGACGAGUUACUCAGUGUUCUAGGCUCUUCAGACCCGACUUCGAUUCAAGUUCACAUGCUGAAACUCUUUGAUAACGUUAAAUUACUGGGCUUUGUACGCAACAACAAGAAUGUCGGUGCGAUGGAGAGUGCUGAAGGAGAAGGAUUUCAAUUCCGCACACUGUUGGCCGUUGAAGGCCCCGUGGAGUCGUGGAUGACUGGAGUGGAAGACGAGAUGCGCGUCACAUUGCAGCGUAUCGCGAAGGAAGGAGUGUUCCAAUACGCUCACAUGGAUCGUACCAAGUGGCUUGAAGAGGUUCUGGGUAUGGUGUCGCUGGUGGGCAGCCAAAUUUGGUGGACUUGGGAGGUUGAAGACGUGUUUCAUCGUGUUAAAAGUGGUGACAAAUACGCCAUGAAAGGACUGGAAGGGCGACUAACAGAGCAACUCAAUAGUCUUGUAAGACGUGUGCGUGAACCACUAGACAAACUCACACGCAAGAAAGUCAAUACGUUGCUGAUCAUCGACGUACAUGCUCGAGAUAUCGUCGACUCGUUCGUACGCGAUAGUAUUCUCAACGAGAAGGAGUUCGCGUGGGAGUCUCAACUGCGAUUUUACUGGCGAAAAGAUGUGGACGACGUGGUUAUCAGUCAAUGCACGGGCAACUUCCGCUACGGCUACGAGUACAUGGGACUUAAUGGGCGACUUGUGAUCACUCCGCUUACAGAUCGUUGUUACAUGACUCUAACGCAAGCUCUAACGUUUAAGCUUGGAGGAUCUCCUGCUGGUCCAGCGGGUACUGGAAAGACCGAGACGGUGAAGGAUCUGGCCAAGUCGUUAGCGUUACCGUGUUAUGUUAUCAACUGUGGCGAAGGUCUGGACUAUAAAGCGAUGGGUAGCAUCUUCUCCGGGCUAGUUCAAGUGGGAGCUUGGGGCUGCUUCGAUGAGUUCAACCGUAUUAAUAUCGAGGUGCUUUCUGUUGUCUCUGCUCAGCUCCGAGCGAUCCAGAACGCUCUCAAUUACGACAAACCCACCGUUGAUAUCGGUUUUGGUACCGAGAUUGCUAUCCAUCGCACGGCAGGGUUCGCUACGUGUGGCUUCUUCAUCACCAUGAAUCCUGGCUAUGCUGGACGUACCGAACUUCCAGACAACCUCAAGGCUCUCUUCCGUCCUGUUACUAUGAUCGUCCCCGACUUGUUGCAGAUUUGCCAGAUCAUGCUCUUCUCUGAAGGCUUUGAGCACGCUGUAUCACUUGCAAAGAAGAUGACGGUGCUUUAUAAACUCUCACGAGAGCAACUUUCCAAGCAGUAUCAUUACGAUUUCGGGUUACGAGCGCUGAAGAGUGUGUUGGUGAUGGCUGGAUCGUUAAAACGAGAGUAUAGCGAUAUGAACGAAGACCUGGUACUCAUGCGUGCGCUACGUGAUAGCAACAUGCCCAAGUUUGUAUUCGAAGACGUACCUCUAUUCCACGGACUUAUCAACGAUCUCUUCCCUGGUUUAGACUGCCCUCGUGUGGGUUACGCAGCGUUGAAGGACGCUAUUGAAGCAGAGCUUAUCGCUGGCGAAUACAACACAACCAACGUCACUGUGUACAACGAACAGAUCGAUAAGAUCAUUCAGAUGUACGAGACCAUGCUGGUGCGUCACACGACUAUGAUCGUUGGACCUACGGGAGGUGGUAAAACGUUGGUACUGAAUACACUCGCAGCUGCAUCCAAGACUGCGCUAGACGAACAAGUCAAGAUCUUCGUGCUUAAUCCUAAAGCUCAGCCUAUUGCAGAGCUGUACGGCACGAUGGACCCAGUCACGCGUGACUGGACAGACGGUGUACUCUCUAAGCUCUUCCGUGAACUCAACCAGCCUCUUCCUGCUGGAAAAGAGAACGAAAAACGCUGGCUUAUCUACGACGGAGACGUCGACGCUGUCUGGGUGGAGAAUAUGAACAGCGUCAUGGACGACAACAAGCUGCUUACUCUACCCAAUGCCGUUGUGGAAUGGUUUGGGUCGAUCCGAAGAACCUCGGAUAUCGUCCGUACUACGAACGCUGGCUGA